AUGCGGUCGCGAUCCGUGCUUGGGAAGGACAAGUCAGUAAGACUUUGGAACCCACACAGCGGCAAGCACAUCAAGAAGUUUGCUGGUUGUCACAAUCAGGAAGUAAAUGAUGUUCGGAUAGCCGCUGACAACAGCAAGUUUGUUUCCUGCGGAUCCGACAAGCUGAUCUUCCUGUGGGAUGUCACCUCUGGACAAGCGAUCCGAAAGCUGGUGGGCCACGAUCGGAAAGUCAACGCGCUUGCGUUCGGACCAAAAGAGGACGUGCUGUUAAGUGCAUCCCACGACAAGACAGUGAAGAUUUGGGAUAUGCGAACGCGAUCGCGAGCUCCCAUCCAGACGUUGAGUGAUGCUGCUGAUUCCAUUCUGUGUCUUCUAGUUCACAAGGAUGAAAUCAUUACUGGAAGUGUUGACGGAGGGCUGCGUCAUUAUGACGUGCGGAAGGGACAAAUGGUAACGGACCAGCUGUUGCAGCCGAUUGGCAGCAUUUCAGUCUCGGAUGAUGGCCAGUGCCUUUUGGUCUCCACACUGGACAGCACUAUCCGUCUUCUGGAGCAUGAGGACGGGUCCGAGCUCGCAAUCUACAGUGGGCAUGUCAACCGGCGUGUGAAGCUGCGCAGUUGUCUGGACCCUUCGGACUCCUUCGUUAUCAGUGGCUCGGAGGAUGGUAUGCUCCACUUCUGGGAGUUGGUGGAAGCCACGCCAUUACGCCGGAGCAAGUCGCACGAGGCUGCGAUAUUGUGCCUUGCUUUCCAUGGAGAAGCCUUGGCGACCGCUGCCGCGGAUGGUGUCAUCAAAGUGUGGAUGCUUGGCUCAAGUGAAGUCUUCACCUUUGCGACCGCAGCGGUCAUGCUGAGCCUGGAGCUGGCGCGAGGUGAUUGCAGGAGACAACGCUUUCAAACCUCCGAAGCUUUUGAUUCGAUGAUCGCGGAUCUAUCGGCCCGGAUGGAGAAACAUUUUCAGGCCAACCCGGAGUUUGUGAUAGCUGAUUUGGACAUUUCGCAAAACAAGCUGACGGUGAGUCAGUUCCAGACGCUUUUCCUCCUGCUGAGCACUGCAGGUGUACGAGUAGUACGCUUCCGAAUGUUUGGCUGCGCAACGCUGACGGAUGAAGUGCUCAAAGUCAUCAGUGAAUAUUUGCGAAGCCUCCGUGCUGAUUGGGCCCCAAGUGAGAUGCACCUGUCAGAUUGUGCAAUCACCGCUGAAGGCUUUCGUGUUUUCUGCAGUGCUCUGGAAGACACUGAUUUGUUCCCUCGACAAGUGGCCCCAAGCUCCCUGAUGGGCCAGCCACUGUACUUGCGCAUGGAGAACAACUACAUCGACGAGGCGGUCAUACGAGAGAAGGUGGAUGCUGGCCUCAUCCAACCCUUCACCAAGGUUGGAGGUGCCAGGACCGUUUCCAUGCAGGGUGGACCAAAGGUGAACCUGCUCGUCCGGGCCGCGAACUCGAACUUUGGCCAGCGAACGGGCCCACCUCCUGCUCCAGAGAAUGCCCCCCCGCCAAAGCAGGUUUGGAACCAAAACCAGCAAAGUCAGGCGUGGAGUACGCAAGCGGGGUGGAUGUGGCCAAUGGGCAAGGGCGUCAAGGGCGGCAAGGGCAAGGGAUUUGGAGGCUGUGGCUGGGGCACCAGCAGUGGUGCGGCAGGACGGCCUCCCCCCUUGGCAGCUGCUCUUGUUGGGCUGGCAGCGCUGGCCGCACCCGCUGCCGGAAAGUGGCCUGUUCCAGCAGCUCCGCUCAGACCGCAGGCGACACGGGUCCAGGGCAGUCAGGCUCAGACCUGGUCUGGACAGCAAAGCAGCUGGCAAAGCGGCAACUGGAACAGCGACUGGAGCGGCAGCAGCAGCUGGAGUGGUAACGACUGGACCACUAACAAUAGCAGCAGCUGGAAGAGUGGCCAGACUAGCUGGGAGAAAGACACUGCUGGCUGGGAAAAUCGUGGUGACAGAGGGCAAAAGCAAGAGUGGCAAAGUCCACAGCAAGGGCAGCCCCAGCAAGGAUUCCGUGGACAAGCCGCGGACAGCUCAGACGACCGUUCGCGAACGCCAAGGGGAAGGAGCAGCGUUCCGCCAGCUGCAGAGAAAGCUCAGCAAGCUGAGCAAGUCCCCCACCCUUGGGAAGUUCAUCACUGCAGUGAGUACCAGCUGGACUACUACUGGAACUCGGAAACUGGCGAAUCGGUUUGGGAGAAGCCGACCACGUAG